UUGAAGUUGGAUGUGCGCAAUCUGGAGACACGUGAAGUUGGCCGUGCGCAAUAUUAAGCCCUUAAAAACUGGAAGCACAUUAUUGCAACGAGUGAAACGCAUUUAAACGGGGUUUGAAAUCAAAACAACAAUUGUCAUUUAAGUACCUAAACAAAAUGGCACGUACUGAACUGGAGCCCAAGAAACAAAAGCGUAAAUCGAAGAAACGCAAGCAUGAGGCAACGCAAGGCAGCAGCGACGACGAGGUGGCAAACAAAAGUUUGAUCGUGGACGAGCAACCAGAGGAAACUCAAGUGGAACCAGAGGAAAGAGUAAAGAUAGGCAAGGCAUCUAAACGAAAGCAACAAAAGCAAGAUGUUACAGCGAUCAAAGAAAAACGCAGCAAGCAAUCAGAAGAAACCAAUGAAGAUGUUGAAGGCGAUGAGAUCGAGGGUCCGACUGCAGAGCAGCUAGAAGAGGCAGCGAAACCAGAGAACACUAAUGCUAUUGUAACGGUACGCCAAAAGAAGAAGCAGAAACAUUUAAAGCGACUAGAAGAGCAAAAGGAUCAAAAUGCCGACAAGGAAUCCAAGCGCAAUGAGGAGUACUUAAAGAAAUGGAAAGACAAUCGAAAGGAAUGGAAGUUCGAAAAACUGCGACAGAUAUCCAUACAACAAACUGCCUUCGACGAACAAAAGGUAUCUGAAGAGCUGUGGCCCAUUGCACUUGAGUAUCUGGCGAGUUCCAAAGGUGCGGCGAAGACAAUGCUAACGAAGCUGGCUGACGAUGUUAUCCAAGAGUUGGACAAAAAGUGUGAGCAGCUGGAAGAUGAUGCGGAACGCAAGACAAUUGUGGAAUCAUCGCGUUAUCAACGAGCUCGCAAUCUGCUCCAGAAUUUUGACUGAGCGAGCUCUACAUAUGUAGUUAUUAAGUUCAAAGAGUAACACAAAUGCGUUCUUGUUAAUGUUUAGAGUUUUAUGAUACAACAAUUAUUAAAAGAAAGAGUUAUAUAUACCUAUAUAUAUUUACAAAUCCACAUAA